AUGAUGAUGAUGAUUGCUUCUUCAUCUUCUUCUUUAACGACGACGACGACGGCGUGGAGAAGAAGUGCACCACCGCGAGGAGGAAGAAGAGGACAAAAAGGAGGAGUCACGAGGAGUACUACUAAUCGCUCGAGGGGAUUCUCCUCCUCCGUUCUGAACAGAAGGAGGAGGUGCGACACUAUUGCCACUGCUGCUUCCACCACCAACAACGACAACGACGAUACUGCUGCGACUGGGAACGAUCGAUACGAAGAGAAGACCGGACCGGGAACGUUAAACAAUACCAACGACAGUCAAAGACGAAGCAGACGGUUCGGCGCGUCUUCUUCAUCGAAGAGCGCGAGCGAUACUAAUAAUAUUAAAGGAAGCGUGACGACGAAAAGUACGAGAGAAUUAGCGUCUACGUUAGCAAACAGAGACAAAAACGUCGUGUUACUGGUGGAAACGACGAAUUGCCGGUAUUGCGAGCAAGUGGAACCGACGUUUGCGGCGAUGGCGGCGAUGUUUGCCGGCGACGAAUCCAUCGAAGUGCAAAGAGUAGUGUGUAAAACACCGGAACAAAAAGCAUUUGCGGGGAAGUAUUUUCGCGCGAGAAGUUUUCCAACCAUUUGCACGUUACCGAGAGGGAGUGGGCCGUUGUUUCGCCACGCGAGUUCGGACCGGUCGAUUGGAGCUAUUUUGGAGUUCACGAGAGAAACGACCGGCGCGGUUCCAAACGCCGGCAGGAGUGAACGAUACGCGGACGAUUUGACGAGAAGAAACGAUUGGUUGAGGCAGAUACAACAAGGUGGGUUGGAAUCGACGACGUCUAUGGCGGGGAGCUACGAAUCGAGCAUGUUUGACGAUCGAAGAGGGAGUGGUAAUGGUAUUAGUAAUAAUAAUAAUAAUAAUAAUAAUAAUAAUAAUAAUAAUAAAAGUAGUAAUAGUGGUGGCAGACGGACUUCUUCGGGUAACAACAAUUACGGAAGUUACGGCGCGGAGUACGCGACGAGGGCGAAUUAUCUUCGUCAGCAACAGCAACAACAGAAUCAGCAAAGAGUACCGUUGUCGUCGAGAUUCGCGGAGACGAAUUACGAUCGAUGGAACGGCGGCGCACCUCCUUCUCAGCAAUACAGAAGCUAUUACGGCGAUCAAGAGUUUUCGCGAGCGGAGGAGGAACAGUAUUUCGGACAACCCGCUUUAGACCCGAAAGAUGACGCCGCGUUUGAAAAUCAGUUUCAGUCCCGACGUAAUUAUAACUACGGAGACGACUUUCUCGAUAACGGAGGAGGAGUAGGAGGACCAGGAAGUUAUUACUACGACAGCCCUGCGUUUCAAUACAACAACAAAGUUCACAUCACGGAUGUCUUUUCGCAAGCAUCGAGAGACUCAGUUGAAAACGUCAAACGGGUGCACAGAAAAGUCACUCAAGUCGUCGCGGAAUUACCAGCUACGGCUGCGCGAAUCGCCCAAACGGACAUCGUACCCGCGUUUGCGUUAGGCUUAGUCCUCUCUGCCAUACUUUCCUCCUUCGGUAACUUGAUUCAAAGCAUUCGGAGAGACCGAUUUAGAAGGUACCAAAAAAUGCAGCGUUCGGGACAACGAACGCUCACGGAACGCGAAGAAGCGUUGGUGGAAAUCGAACGCGAGUUUUCCGAGAUGGCUUUAGCCGAGUGGAAAUCGGCUACGAGAGAAGAGAUGAUGGAAAUCCCGAAGCAGUUUUGGAUUCUGUGCAAUGCCUACGCCGCCAUUGUGUUUCGCAUUUGGGAAGUGCGAAUCAACGAAGCCAUUUUGUCGUGCGGCAACGCUCUGAAAGCAAAGCUCGGAUUGCGAAGAGAAGAUCAGUAUUACGACGACGAAGAGGAAAACGAGAGUUUAUAUUACGGCGGCGGCAUCGAUGGAGAAGGGGAAGACGAAGACGACGACGCGGAUUUUUAUAACUACGGAGACGAAAACGAUGCAUCGUCCCAAUACGCCGUCGUCAACCGCGACGGCGAGAUUAUGGGAUACCAGGGCCCGGAUUACGACACGAGCGUGCCGCCUCAAGGUAGCGGGAGUUACGACGACGAGAACUUUUAUUAG